GCUGCUACUCAAACCAUCCUUCUUAAGCGCAAACAAACAAACACAUUUUGGCGGAGUUUUUGUUUACCUUUUAUUUUGCGCAAAAAGUAACAAUGUCAAUUACUCUAGAUUUUAAUGGUAAGAACUUUGCCAAGGGUAAGAAUUUAGACGUGCACUACUUGCCGGCCAAAAUAGACGGCGAUGGGGAAGCGAAUGUAAAAAAUUACUUCAACAACUACACACGUGAAGCAACCGAAUUCGGCACAGGAAUCCUGACGAACGCCUUGCGCGGAUUUCCUUUAAUGGGAGAGAAGUUGAAAGUGCCCGAAGGAUACUGCGGAUUAGUUCUGCAAGAAACAGAGAAGCCCAUCAGCGAUACCUCCGACCGAAAGUUGCGGCUAACUGGAGUAUUUCAAGAUUUUACUUACUGGAACUACGACAAAGUGCCGUCCAAUGGCGAUCCCUACCGACAGGCCCUUCCUCUGCCGGAUGUUGCUCAAGCUCUCUCGCAGCCCAUUAGCGAAGAGGAUUUAGAGAAAGAAAUCGCUCGUAAUAAGGAAAACGUCAAGGAAAGCACGUAGUUUUGUUUUAAUCGCGCUUACCGCGUUCUAUUUAUUACUCCAAAAUCUAAUCCAAUACAUAUAUAUCGUACAUUUUAUCUGG